UCUUUUUGACUCCAUUAUUGCUCUAAUUAAACUUGGAUUUUCCCUACACUGGUAUAUUCAUAGUCAUUGUCAAUAAUUCGCAGUUUCUAUGCUUAGCAAAUAACAACAAGAAGUGAAGGACUAUCUAACAUCUUAGGAGGUCUUGUGCAUGCUAAACAAAAACUCGAAAACAUGGCUCAACAGGAUGAAGGGUGGCCACUGGGUUUACUACAGCCAGUGAAUGCAAGGACUCGGACAGGGACAGGAUCAACUUCAUUCAACACCUUACUCACUGCCUCUCCAUCUUCUUCUACAGAUUCUUCUUCUGAUUUAGACACUCAGUCGACAGGGUCUUUUUUUCGUGACCAAAGUACCACACUUGGGAGUCUAAUGGGUGUCUCUAGCAUUGUGGAACUGUCAAGAAGAUCUCUGAGAGAAUCCAAAACAGAACUCUUGAAGAGCAAAAAAAAGUUAAAGUUUUGGUCAUGGUGUUUCUGUUUGGGUUCUGAAGGUCAGAAGCAGAAGAAUAAUGCCCCAUCUUUGGCUCAGUUUCUUGCAGUGGAAAGAAGAGUUGCUAAUGAAAAUAGAAGAAACCAAAGCUUUCAUUUUGAGCUUGCAUUGGCCGAAACCAAUAUUGCAGAACGAAAUUCACUGUUCAUCAAUGGCACCAUUGUUCCCCCUCACUCCAUAAGUCCAGAUAGAAAAAACACAGAAAUAAAGCACGCUAACAACAAAAGGUUUGGUUCACUCCCAGAGUUUUUUUCAUGCAUGUGUGGACAAGUUGUCUUUUUCUAACUCCUACUUAUACUUUUGUUUCACCACUUUUAUGAUAUUGUGUCUUUCGAUGUUACAUUUGUUUCAAAGUUAACGUUAAAUGUAAGUGAAAAUGUAUCUAAAGUAAUCUGAUUUAGAUUUUGUAUUAAA